CCCCCCCCCCUUGAGGGAGUGACUCGAGCAGCAGCAGGCGGAGAGGGGCCGAAUGGCGAGCGGGGAUGAGCUGCCCCAGGCCGGGCCUACGGGAGGCCUCAGCCUGAGCCGCAGUGUGGAGAAGGCGCUGGACGAGGCGGUCAACAGCGGCGUGCUGAACCUCAGCAACAGAAAGCUGCGAGAGUUCCCCCGGGCGGCUAGUAACUACGACCUGUCUGACCUCACCCAGGCUGAUUUGUCCAAGAAUAGACUUUCUGAGAUUCCCUGUGAAAUUUGCCAGUACAUCUCACUGGAGACACUGAAUCUGUAUCAUAACUGUGUGCGGAGUAUUCCCAAAGCAAUCACCAAUCUCCAGGCUCUGACUUACCUCAACAUCAGCCGCAGCCACCUGUGCCUGUUACCUGCGUACCUCUGCUGCCUGCCCCUGAAGGUGCUCAUUGCCAGUAACAACAAGCUGACCUCACUGCCUGAGGACAUUGGCUCCCUCAGCCAGCUCCGAGAACUGGAUGUUAGCUGUAACGAUAUCCACACGCUGCCUUCCCAGAUCGGGAACCUGGAGUCGCUGCGGGAUCUCAACAUACGGCGGAAUCAGUUGAUCACCCUCCCAGAAGAACUUUCUGAGCUCCCACUCGUUCGCCUUGACUUCUCUUGCAAUAAAAUCACACGGAUUCCCGUUUGCUACAGACACUUACGGCAUCUCCAGAAUAUCCUCCUGGACAACAAUCCCUUACAGUCUCCACCUGCUCAGAUCUGCACAAAAGGGAAGAUACAUAUCUUUAAAUACUUGAAUAUUGAAGCCUGUAAAAUUGUGCCUGAUCUGACCGAUUUGGAGAGAUCCAUCCGACCUCAGGGAUCGAGCUCCUGCCUGUCCGAUGAAUUCUGUCCCAGCCGACAGCACAGCGGCCUGGACUCCGGUUUUAACAGCGUAGACAGUGGCAGCAAACGAUGGUCAGGGAACGAGUCCACAGACGAUUUCACAGAGCUGUCCCUCCGCAUGGUGGAAAUAUCCCGGGAACAGAAGCAGCUGAGGGAGAGCCACUCGUCAGGAAUCCAGGACAGCAACAGCAACGGUAAUGGUGACCAGGAUCUGGAGCAGGUUGAUUUUAUCGACAGUAGUGUGGAGGAUGACGGCAAGUCAGAGAUGGUCAACACUCCCUUUACCAGCAACAGCCCUCGCAGCUCGCAGCAGAUUAACAAACGGAACAAGAGCAGUUGUGAAAAGAACAAGCUGAUCGACAGAGUUCUUCACAAUGGGCUGAGUGGGGAGCUGUCCCCUGGGAAAGAAGAACUCCAUCGGGAAGGGGAGGAAAGGAGACGCCCCGAGACGUUACAGAUCUGGCAGGAGCGGGAGAAGCAGGUGCAGAGUCAGACAGCAGAGCGGAGGGAGAGGGGAAUCAGUGUCAGUUCCACAACGAGAACAAGGCCAUUGAGUGUCCAGUCCCAGAACUCAGUGAGUGACCUGAACGUGAAGGGACCAUCUGGCGUCGGAUCAGGGAACAGUGUGGCUACACCUUCUCUGCAGCGGAGUGACAGCCAGCCUGCAAACAACUCCAGCAGCUCCUCGAUGACAGCUAUUCAACCUGAUGCCGUGGAGAGCUCCGUGCCGAUGUCCCCAAUCCCAAGGGAAUGCAGUACCGUGAGCCGACCCAACAGCUUCCUCUUCCGAUCCUCCACCCGCAGCAACAUCAAAGCUUCAUCAGUCAUGAGCCCGGCUUCCCCACAAAGCCCAACAUUCCCGGAGCUGGAUCCGAAAGCGGCAGCGAAACAGCGGGUCCAGGAGGAGGGUCCGGGAGAGCCGGAGCUGGUGGCCCAGCUCAGGAAGAGCAUUGAGAGCCGGUUGAAGCAGACGUUGCCGAGCGAUCUAGGGGAGGCGCUGAACAACGGAGUGACCCUCUGUCAGCUGGUGAAUCAGAUCCGACCGAGAUCCAUCUCCAUCAUCCACAUCCCCUCUCCCGCUGUGCCCAAGUUAAGUUUGGCAAAGAGGCGGCGAAAUGUGGAGAGUUUCCUGGAGGCGUGUCGGAAGGUCGGAGUGCCGCAGCCUGAGCUCUGCUUGCCGUCCAAUGUGUUGCUGGGUGAGCUGCAGAACGUGGCGCGGACAGUGGAAUUAUUUCUGGAAUGUGUGGAGCCCGCUCCGAGCUGCCCAGUCCAUCAGCUCGCUGCCUUCUCUGCGUUUUAUGUCUUCCUAAUGUCUCUGCUUUACCUGCUAUACUGUCAGCUACCAGCGUUCUAACCAACAGACUGUCACCGUGCUGCCUGGUUACUGCACUGCCAACCGGGGAACAGGCGGCGUGGGCCGGGGGCUACAGAGAGACCAACCCACCCCCCCCCCCCACCCUCCAGAGCCCGUCCCCAGCCUCAGCCCCAGCCCCUGGGCAGGGCAACUGAUGGACCAUAGGGACAUCCUUUCUCCACGUGGUCCCCUACCCCCCCCCCCCCCCCCCCACUAUACACACAGAUCUCCACAGGCAGACACAUAAACGCAGACCCACACACACGGACCGGCACGCUGACAUACGGCAGCCUAAGCGCGGGCCCGCACGCGCCUGGACGUACAGAUGUCUAAUUAAGUCUGACCUGUUGAGGGUUAAACACAGGCCCACGUGCCGACAGGCAGAUACACAAAUGCAGACAGACACAGUCCCCCACCUCAGGAACAGACUGACGGAUGUUGUAGCUGCCUGAUCUGUAGAUCCUCAGAAAUCGCUGGUCCAUGAGGCGUUCUGGAGAGUGUGUGGGGUGGGGGUAGGGGUAAAUGUUUUUACUGAAAUGUUGCCUGUAUUGAUUGGACUGUGAGGGGAGGGGAGCUGCUACUGCUUUGUGUUAAACAUCUGUGCUGUGUUUUUGUUGGGGGGGUGGGGGGCAGGUCUGUGUCCAGCAGGAGGACGGGGCAAGGGCUUUGAAGCCCACCGUCACUGUUUUACGACAGGGUCCCUGUGGGGUGACAGUUGCCUGAAUUAUUUGAUGGGGGGGGGCAUUAUUCCAUCUGCUCCUGUCCGACAUUCAGCAGACAUGGAUAGUGACCCUUGAGGAAUCCAGUGCUUUUGAGGCACUGGUCCCUGUGUGAUUUGUACAGUGCCUCCUUCCCCGUUAACCCAACACCCCCUGCCUCCUGCUGCCCCCCCCGGGUACUGGAGAAGAGAUCUGUAAAUACUUCUGGCUGCUCCAACAUUUUGCCAGGCUCGGGUGCAAGAGGUUGGAACCUCAUGCGUCAUCAGUGCCCAGUGCUGGGCAGAUGGUUCUGACUGGGAGCCCUGUGCCCAGUCUCGGGCCAUUCCCACCCACUCUGCACCCUCCCUGCGGUUCAGGGAAGACCCAUAGAGACAAUGUCAGGGUUCAAACCUCGACUCUGUACAGUAUCCAACAGGCCAGCCCCCACAGCCUCCCUGGUGAUACCAAACACUUUGAUCGCAUGUGCCUUAGUUUUAAGAAGGGAUGCUGCAGAGAGACAGGUCGGCAGAAACUGCACAUGUAUCCGAGAGGGUAUCCCAGCUUCCAAGGGGUGUACAAUCCUUUGGUGGGACUGGGAUCCUGCUGUGCUUUGCCCAUCCGCCCCUUCGACCUGUUUCAUCUCUUAACUUAUUUGUUUUCCGCCCCCCACCUGGGAGGGGGUCGUUCCGAAUUAGUGCUGCUGGAAAGAUUAAUUUAUACAAAGAUUUUGUUGAUUCUGUAUCUGUCUCUGAUCAGCCUGUUAAUGGUGUUUAUGUUAAACCCGGGGAAACAGUCGCACCAUUAAAACCAGACUGAACCUCCCUCUGUCUCUCUGUGUCUCUCUUGCGAUCUCUCUGUCUCUCUCUGUGCGUCUUGCUGUCUCUCUCUCUCUGUGUGUCUCUCUCUCUCUGUG